AUGGCGGAGGGGGAGACAGAGAGGGAAUAUGACACACGGAAAGCUAUCGAGGUGCUCCGGGAGCGGUUUCAGGGUUUGACCACAGCGCUGAAAGAGAGCUCGCUAUCUCCGUCGGAAGCCUCUCUGCAUUUCUGCCAGGAGUUUUGCCAGGUCCUUGUGGAACAUGCUGGACGUUGGAAAACGGAUGAGGAUCCACUGCCUUUGCUGGAGGUGUACACUGUGGCCAUACUCAGCUUUGCUAAGGCCGCCUCCUGUCUCUCCUCCGAAUGUGAAAACGUGCCACUCCUACUUGAAAAGUUAGCACUGAGCUGUGUGGAGCUGCUGCUCUUACUGCCCCAGCAUGUCCCUGGUGCCUUAUGGGAGGAGUUUCAGUCCUCCAUGAAGUUGGCACACAGCCUUUUGCAAGAGAGUGGGAGCACACAGCUUUGCAUGCUUUCAGUUCUGGCACAGCAGGAGGGUGUUUGGUCCAACACCACUCUGAGCAGCAUCCUGUCCAAUGAAACGCCUCAGACUGAGCAAGUUCAUGAAUUUUUGGAAUUGGAAGGUCCCACACUCCUUAACAUGCGAAUAAAGCACCUUAUCAAAACGGACAGUGUUGAGAAAGCCGCUGUCCUUGCAAAGAUGUGCUCAGAGUAUCCGGGAUAUGAAGGAAAAGGGAACUUCAAACAAACCUACUUGGUUUGCAUCUGCAUGACAAAAAGUCACGAGCAGCUAAUGGAAGAGAUUACGCCAGUGGACUGUAAAGAUGCUCUUGAGAUGAUCUGUAACCUGGAGUCGGAGGGAGAUGAGAAAGGAGCUUUUUGUUUAUGUUCUGCCUUCCUCAAGCGACAGCUUCUCCAAGGAGAUGUUUAUUGUGCCUGGGAACUUACACUGUUCUGGAGUAAGCUACUGAUGCGUUUGGAGGCAUCAGCCGAUGCAUUUCUUGACCAGAGCAAAAAGAUGGCUCUUUUGUGCAGGAGUGUCUGUCACAUUCUCUUUCUCAUCAAAGUUAUUCAAAAUGAGGUUGGAGAGGUGGGGCUUCCGGUGUGCGUUGAAAUGUGCAUUCAAGCUCUGAAAAUGACCUCCAGUGAACAUAAGGACACCAAGUCAACCAUCUGCAAAACUAUUUACUGCCUCUUGCCAACUGAUCUAGAGGUUAAGCGUGCAUGCCAACUGACUGAGUUCCUCCUUCAGCCUACCGUUGACUCUUACUACGCGGUGGAGUCGCUCUACAAUGAACCUGACCAAAAGCCUGAGGAGGAGGGGAGUCUACCUGUGCCCAAUUCUUUACGCUGUGAGUUACUGCUGGCCUUGAAGACACAGUGGCCUUUUGAUCCAGAGUUCUGGGACUGGAAAACACUGAAGCGCAACUGCUUGGCAUUGAUGGGCGAGGAGGCAGCUAUUGUGUCAUCUAUUGACACACUCAAUGACACAGAUGAACAGGAGGUGGAAAGCGUACUGGGAAAGGUCCCCGAAUACAAAGACCUUGAGGACUUUCUGUUAAACACUACAAAUGAACUGAAUGAAAUCACAGAUGAAAGAGAAAAAAACAGAGAGGCUAAAAAACUUAGGGAGCAAGGCUUUGUGUCUGCUCGAUUCAGAAAUUGGCGAGCAUAUAUGCAGUAUUGUGUGUUGUGUGACAAGGAGUUCUUAGGUCAUAGAAUUGUUCGCCAUGCUCAGAAGCAUUUUAAAGAUGGAGUGUAUCUUUGUCCGAUUUGUGCUGAUAGUUUUGAAAGUAGGGAGAUUUUAGAGCCACAUGUAGCGUCACAUGUAAAGCAAUCUUGCAAAGAGCGACUUGCUGCAAUGAAAGCUGCUAGGAAGGUGAGCAAACCACUUCAAUCCCCCAAAAGUCCAUCCAGAAGUUUAAAGGUUGCAGCCAAGACAAACAUCACCCCUGUUAAAAUUGAGCCUUCAUUUGGCAAUCACACUAGUGCUGAAGCAUCAGUGAAUCCUGUUAAAGUAGAGCAUGCUACAUCAGAGCCGCAAAUAAGUCAAGACUGUUUCUGUCCUGUCAGAAACUGUUCAAAGGCUUUCAAGUUUUUCCGUAAUCUCAUGGCUCAUGUAAGAUGUCACAAGGAUGACGAAGAAGCAACACGGUUUUUAGAGAUACAAAAGCAAAAAGUGGUUUGCCAGUAUUGCAGACGUCAGUUUGUUAACGUCAGGCAUCUCAAUGAUCAUUUGCAAAUGCACUGUGGCACCAGACCUUACAUCUGCAUACAAUUGGAUUGCAAAGCCAACUUUAAUUCCAAUUCUGAACUUCUCAUGCAUAGAAAGACACAUACAGAAUUUAAGGCACAGUGCAUGUUCCCUAAUUGUGGCAAGAUUUUCAGUGAGGCGUACCUGUUGUAUGAUCAUGAGGCUCAGCAUUACCUAACCUAUACCUGCCAAAUGGAAAACUGUGGGAAGAUUUUCUACUCCCAGUCUGUAUUCUUGUCUCACCAGGAGAAUCAUGGUACAAAUAACACAGUGAACAAUUUACCCACCUCAAAUGAAAACCCUCCUGUCCCCUCAAAAGCGGAUCCCCCGCUCCAGAGCAGCCCUAACAAAGAUGAUAAGGGUUCUGCUUUUGUUUGCCUUGAACGUAUUGAUACAGAGGCAUAUAUGAAGGAUGCAGCGAAGGCAAGCACAUCACCAUCGAGGUCACAACAGGUUGCUAAAGAACCUGCUCCUGUAAGGGUGAAACACUCAAUCGAAAGCAUGCUGAAUUCAGUGGCAGAUCCUGAAACAAAAGAACCAGAGAAGUGUUAUACUCCACUGACAAAUCCCACCCCGGCACCAGUAGAUAUGAAACCAGCACCCGAGGUUCCAAAUGCACACCAAAACAUGGACGGACAAGGUGAGAUUCCUCCAGUGUAUCCCGUACCCUGUGCAACGAAUCCUGUAGCAGGUCAACAGAGAGAAGGUCAUGAUAAUGGACAAGCUCAUGAACUUCAGAAUGAGUUGCCGCAGAUCAUGUCUCCACCUCAGAUAAAGACUGAAAACCCUUGUUCACUACAAGGGUAUCCUACCAGCAUGCAUGCUGCACCUGGCAAUGAAGAGAACAUGCAUUGCUGCCCCUAUAAGGACUGUACACGUGCAUACAGCACAAACAAAAGUCUGUCCAGGCAUGUGAAGAAACAACACCCUGAAAUAUUUGAAGACUGGAAACUGGCUAAAAAAUAUAACAAAGUGGCCAAAAUUACAGCAAGAAAGACAAGUAUUGGACAUGAAUCACCUAGUCAGUCACAGAACCAAAGGAACAGACCGUCAAAUCAGCUUGCACCACUAUGCAACAAAACCGGGAUGCAGCAGAUGGAUUACCCAAUGGGAUGUUCGAGCUCACCUGCCCCUUGUUAUCCUGGCUCAAUGGAUCCAGUGCCUAUCACUCCAAUGGUGAAUCCCACACUAUACCCAUCAUGGGGAAGCCCAGCCAGUACAGGUGGACUAAUGCAGUCAGAUUUAUCCCAAGCAUGGUCUUCACCCCCCAUGAAUAACUGCUAUCCAGAUGUCUUCAACAUGAAUGAGUACCCCUCCCGGAGCUACCCUCAGUGGCAGACAGACCCUUAUCAAACCACAACCUCUCUCCCAUCAGAAAGAGACCCUUCGCUGGCAGCUAUACACAGUGUCACUGUGUCACAUGUUACUUCAGAUUCGAGUUUGAUGUCGCAGUAUGUAUCCAGCUCUCUUAUGCUUGACAAUGGAGGGCAAAUGCAUAAUGGAGGACAUCAGUAUGGCCUAAUGCAGCCAGAGGUCAGUGGAGAUGGUGUCGAUGUGAGAAAAAGCAAUGCCAAUAUGACAGGCCAGUUGGGUAAUGGAAACAGUAUCUCAACAGUCGACAGCCUUCCUGGAGGAAGUUAUCACACUCCGUAUGCUCAAAAUGCAACUUCUAGUAACACUCAAAGAUUGAUGGCCGAUAUUCCAAUGAAAUGUCUGAGCCCUGAGGCUCAAGUGGCACUAAAAGCUACAACUGAAAUCAUUAAAACGGAGAAUAUCACAACUCCUAUUUAUGAACAGAUGGACAACUCUGUGGAUGGCAUGCUUAGUCCUCACAGUGUCAUUCAGACAGAUUUCCCUUAUGAGGAGGACUGUAGUAAUGUCGAGUGUGAGGCCAACCCGUCAGAUGAAAAGAAUGCUGACCAUGAGACACAAAAAGGAAAACGCAACAGAUUAAGCAAGCGAACCAAAUGGCCAGCCAUCAUAAAGGAUGGCAAAGUCAUUUGCAGGAGAUGUUUCAGAGAGUUCACAAGCACCAAGUCUCUUGGAGGUCAUCUAUCGAAACGCUCACAGUGCAAACCAUUGGAUGAAAUUGACCUGACAGCUGAUCUGCCAACCUCGUUUCUUGAUUUUCUCAAUGACCCUCACGUCCCUGAUACCAACGGAGCAAUAUACAACAUGUCAAAUGGUGAUUUCUCACAGGAUACUUGUAGCUUGACCACUUUAACUUCACCUUUGGCAAUGAAACAGGAACCCCAAAAUGCAAAUAUAAUGGAAUCUUAUUCAUCAAACACUUUCUCCUCUGAAGAUCAGCUUACAAAUUGCAAUCGGGCAGAGAAGGCGAUAGAGUUGGCUAAUCAAGGCCUAGCUGUACCUUAUCAAGAGGAUCACUUGAUGGAAAUUUCAAAGGCCUUUCAAAGGCUGGAUUUGAUUGAGGCUGCGCAAGAGAAAAUGCUGGGAAAUCUUUCCUUGGAGCAAAAUGUCACUCAAAGUGAUCCAAACUCUGACAGUGAGAAAAGUAAGCUGUUACAAACGAAAGACAGACAGGAUGACAAGCCUUGGGAAAAGGUACCUAAACCUUUUAAAUGUGAUCAGGAUGAUUGUGAGUAUUCAUUCAUGACAAAAGAGGCAUUAUUCAAACACCUGAGUAAAAUGCAUGAUUUCUCCAAUGAGAUGAUAGAAGAGUUAAAAAGAACUCCAGUCAAAUUAUCCCCAUAUCCCUGUCAAAUUUGCCCUAAAACAUUUACCAGAACUACAGGCUUGAGAAUUCACUAUGAAAAAGUCCACCGUUUGUCAAAACCAGAAAUGCAGAGACUAAAGAUCAGUGCUCGAAAUAGGCGUGCAUUCAGACUUAACAAAGACACACUUAGCAGCCGCACAACCACAGAGGUCAGUACCAGUCGUUCGACAAGAUCCACAGUUACAUUACCUACCAUAAAACAAGAGCCACUUGACAUUGCAAUUGAACCUCAACCAGAUAAUAAGGGUAAUUCUAACAUUUGUGAAGUCACUACAGCAGGAGAGGCAGCCAAAGACAGCCUCACGCAUGAAGUAUCAACUGUUACGCGACUGCCAUCACCUCAAAACUAUUUGAGUGACAGGCCAUUUCCUGAGCUGGCAGGAUCAAUUCCUGAAAAAGCCCCAGAGCAGCCUAAAGAGGCUGACGUAAACAAGACUCCAGAUUUGAAAGAGAAAUCCAGUCUGGUUGGCACGACACGGGAGCAGCGAGGAAAAUCAGAUAAAUCAUUUUUGAGCAAAGUAAAAGAACCAGCAUCCAGCCUGCCUGUUGCAUCUGUUUCAUCCUCCCCAGAGAAACCCAGCAGCUCAAAAAACACGCCAACGAAGGAUGAACCCCACAGGAAGGAGAAACCUCAGAAGAAGGUGGGGCUCAAAAUGUGUGACACAGACAAUGCCUUCAGUCCAUAUAGACCAUAUCGCUGUGUUCAUGAAGGAUGCACUGCUGCUUUCACCAUUCAGCAAAAUCUGAUCCUGCAUUACAGGGCCAUGCAUCAGGCAUCCCUGCCCGCCAGCAAAAGUGAAAUUGAGUCUGAAAAGACCACUGAUAGGAAUGGACAAGAGAGCAUAAGCAAAGAUAAUGAGGUCAGGUGUCAAGUGAAAGACUGUUCGAGGGUGUUUAUGGGAAUUACAAGGUUAGUGCAGCAUUACCUUUUACUUCAUAAGUUCACCCGUGACAAAGCCACUGCCAUGAUGGCGAGCAUGAACGUAGGGACUUUCAACUGUGACCGGCCAGAGUGCUCUCUCCCUUUUGACUCUGUGGAAAAGUAUAUUGAGCACAUUAAGAAUUACCACAAAGAAAUUGCCAUCUCCGAGAGUGGGACAGUGGAUAUGACUUUCAAGUGUGAGUAUGAGGGAUGUGACCGCGUUUACACUACAAAAUCAAACCUCCUUCGUCACCUCAUAAAGAAGCAUGAUUAUGUGUAUGAUCCCAAAAGCAGCGAUGGCAGAAGGUCUAAAUCAGUGGGGCUGUUCUGCAGCGUCAACAAUGGGAAGGAGAAUGUUGAGAAUAAAUUCAAAGUGAAGAAGAAAAACACAAAGAAAAAAGAUGGGAAGACCAUUGAACAUUGGACAAGUUUUGGAAAGCCCACGCUGAAAUCUCACGAUGAAGCAUCAGCUAUGUGCACCAAGAAAUCUUCUUUGCAGUACCCAUGCAUGAUAAUAGGUUGUGAUGCAGUCGAACGGGCUGAAAGGAACAUUUUUAAACAUUACACCACUCAUGGCCUGACCGAGCGAUACAUUGAAGACCACAGGAGCCAGUUCAUAUUCUGCAAAAAGUACUCGCGCUCCAGGUUCAAAGAUGCAAACAAAUCAGAGGGCAUGUCAUCAAGUUCAUCCUCUGAGGAGACGGAGCCAGAUGAGAGUGGAACAACCAGUUCAAAGUCUAGCGAUCAGAAGACAGAGGAGCUUGUGGAUAGAAUAGCCCAAGAAGACAGCAAGUUGUCCAACGAUGAAAGUGCAGAGUCCCAAGCGUCCACUGGGACAGAAGGGGGAAACAAAAGGGGCCGGCCCAGAAAACCUUCACAUCCAACACCAGCUUGUCCAGAGAGGAUUCAGACCCUAAGGAAUCGCUCGACUGUUAACAGUUCAAGAGAGAACUCAAAUCCUGGGACCCCUGCGUCUCAAGAGGAGCAGCGUGAUCAGGGGGUCAUGCCAGGGUCUUUCAAGCCUUUAGGACUCGAGGAUUCUUUCCUUAAAUUCUUGGAAAGCUCGGAGUCAACCCACCCUGCCAAACGGAAAUUGACCGACAGAUCUAGCUCUGAGUUGCCGUCCAAAAGACAACUAACUCAUAAACAAAAAUCCACUACUAAAAGUAAAAUACCUGAUGAAUUCAGUGACUGUGAAAAUCUCAUUGACUUCAGAAACCCCCUCAAUCUCAAAUCAGUGAGCAAUGUUAAGAUUGUCAUAGAUAAAACCUUUUCAGACGGUGCUGACCUUUUACUAAAACAGCUACAAGAUAUGAGGCCCAUAGUUAUAAUAAAAAAGUGGCUUUACAGUGGAUCAUAGCCUGAUGUUUUAUGUUCAACUUGUUCUCACUCAGGAUUUGAGAGGUCUCAUGCUGCAGAAUGGUUUGUUAGUGCAUCAAAUUUCAAACUGUUAACAGUAAUGGUCACAGUUAAAGAAGAAAUGGCCUAUUUUGUACUUAUGAAAUAUGUCUUGGAUGAUUUUAAGUAUGUAUGUUAGUUAUAAUAACCAGGUAAUCUAUAGGGCAUAGAUUUUAGACAUGUUUGUAUUUAUGAUGCUUAGUACUGAAGAUGUUUUUUUUUUUUCUUUUGCUAAAUGGAGACUUUUAAAGAAAAAAAUGUUUUUUAUAUAUCCCUAUGGGAUUUCAAGUUCUGUUUGUAUUUAUUUCAUCCUUUUUUCAACACUAGUAGGCCUAUCUGUAAUAUUUACAUGUCUUCCACAAAGUGUUCAAUAAAAUGUAACUGGUUCCUUUUGUAAA